AUGGCUCCUUCGGAUAGCGACAAUAGGGCUAUAGCUGUAUAUUGCGCGUCGUCUCUCGGAGCACAGAAAGCUUACCAAGAUGCGGCAAUAUCCGUAGGACGGGCGUUAGCUGCAGCGAAGAGACCGCUCGUAUACGGCGGGGGAUCGAAGGGCAUCAUGGGUAUUGUGUCCGGAGCCGUUCUGGAAGGAGGAGGGCAGGUCACGGGCGUGGUUCCGCAGGCUAUGGUUGCUGCAGGUGGGGAGGGGGAGAAGAGUACCAAGGGCGACCCAAAAGACCAUGCUGUGUACAUUCUACUGGACGAGAGAGGAAGGGAGGAUGUCAUUGUAGGUUCCAUGCAUGAACGUAAAGUCGAGAUGGCCAAGCGUGCUGCGGGCUUUGUGGCUUUGCCCGGUGGUUUCGGUACCUUUGAGGAGGUAUUGGAAGUUGCGACAUGGACGCAGCUGGGGAUCCACAAUAAGCCUGUCGUAUGCCUAAAUGUCCUGUCAUACUGGGAGCCGCUACGAGCCCUGGUAAAGAACGGUGUUCAGGCAGGCUUUAUCCAAGAGAAGAACGAAUCAUUGAUCAUUUUCGUCGACGGCCCUGCCGAUCAUGCAGAACACGAAUCGUUCGAUUGGGGAAAGGCCGCCUUAGAAGCCGUAGAAGGAUGGGAUAGAGAGGACGUACGGGGUAUGUAUGACUGGAACAGAGCUGGGAACGGCGAUUCGUUCAAGGUCGCGUAG